UGUGCCGGAAACAUAUGAGGCUCCUGCCUCUUUCCCGUACGGCCAAGCAGUAAACAGUGGCUGUACCGCGGUACUCCUUCACUGCCACAAGCUCUCGAUCAGAGCGUCACACGGCCUGUGCGGCAGUUAGGAUCCGAGAGCUCAGAAGGACGUCCGCACUGGCCGCAGCGAAAGGACAAGAAGUCGGCAGCUGAACCCAAACACCUUCUCUUAGCUUGGACAGGUGAGGAGACAGCCUCAGGUUCGAGCACAGGCAGGGAAAUGUUGUCAGACACUGCAUUGUGUAGAGGUGUCCUGCAGAGGGAUGGUGACUGACUGGACACUGCAGUGCAGUACCACGGUAGGUGGAACAGAGGCACGGUCGCUGAGCAGAGAGAGAAUGUCCGAGGAAGAGUCCGGCUUGGAGGGAAAGUCCUUUCUCCUGUCACCGCUGAACACGACAAGGACCACAUCCAGUCAUUGGCAUGGAGACAGAGUCGUGCAGGACACGUGUGGGUCCGACCGCAGCUGCGAGGCAGGUGCGCUGUCCCCGAGACAUCCUGAUGUCUUGAAAGAGAAUGGCAGCUGGAGUGUCCCCAAGCGGAAGGGGGACCCCGAUGUCCUUGAUCAGAACAGUGAUCCAGAGGUGUCCGGCCUUCAGAAGGACGGCUUCCUGGGAUCUCCUGUCCCCAUUGCCAGAUGGACGAGGAGAACACUGCCCCCUCCUCUUGUCUUUGUCCAGAUCCAUCCUGAAGUGGAUGAGGAGGGCGGCGCUUCCAAAGCUGUUCUUGCAUGUGCUGGGGGACUGGCAGGGGGCAGUGGUCAGAAGGACAGACCCUUGGGGGACACUCUGGAUGGAAACCACCAGCUGAAACAGAAAGUAUCUUUGCUGGUUCCUAGUUUGGACCCUACAGAGUCAAACAUCAUCCUUUCGGGGUCCUCUGAGACCGUGGCCCUGACAGCCCCUGUUGCCAUGGAGACGGAGGGAGAAGCAGACGGGGCUGCUAUUAAGGAAGAGGACGCAAACAGCAGUUCCCCCAUCAGGGCUCUGCAGUGCAGUGAAGCUCCCAGAAGCUCAGCUGGCAUCCCUGCAGGGGACGAGGAGGCGGUGCUGCAGCCUUCGGACCCGGAGCCGGCAGCGUCCACACAGGGCACAGAGCCCAGCUGUCGAAGGUCCAUCGAAGUUCCCGCCCCAGAGGGGUCUUCGUCCAGCUCCUCAACCUCCAGCGAUGCAGAUGAGGCGUUGUGGGCGGCCAGAGGACGGGGUGCCGUGUCCCUCGAGGUGGACAGGGGGGACAGGGAGCCCAAGAAGAGGAAGAAGAAGAAAACAUGGAGCAGCAGGAAGAUGAAGCACUAUUUGGAGAAGCUGAGGGAGAGAUGGAGGAGCAGCAGCCACGGGUUGGGAGGACGAGGGCUAGAGGAUGGCCUCCAGGGACAGGACCUGGAAACUGGAGAACAACAGACAGAGGGUAAAGCGCUUGCUGACGGAUCGACCAAUAGGGAUGAGGGGGUGGAGCUCGCUGUUUGUCAUGCACCAAUGAGAACGCAGCUGAGCAAAGCCACUCCCACAAAGGCAGAGGAUGACGGGGGUUCAGAAAGGUACCGACCCCCCGCCUGCACGAAGGAGACCGUGACAGCGGUAACACCGCCCGACCCCCAGCUGGACGGCAGUCACUCCAAAGAGACGCCCUGCGUGAACCGCCCCGUCGCUGCGGAGACGAGCAGCCCACGCAUCCCCACGGAGCGCCAGGAGUGUGUGCUGUCGACCACAGCGGGUCUCGGACGCCACCUGCACCAUGCAAGGACGGAGAUCGGCAGCGACAGCGACAGCGAUGACAACGUCUACGACUUCCUGUGGUCCUACAUAGAGGGAGACAAGGAGGAGGUCAACGGGCGUGGGGUGGGGGACGUCGCCCUGGCUUUCUCCUGCAUGGAAGCGAUGCCGGAGCCCGUCCUGGACAGCUCGGCCACACUGAGUCGGGUUCGACUGAGCACACAGCUGGGCCGCAGAUCCCCCUCCAAGAGGAGCUCCGGGCUGAGGGGGCCUCUGUUCGACGAAGGCGUCUACCGGACGUUCCGGGGCUCCACAGCUCACCCUGCAGAGGAGGUCCCCGCAGCUCUGAGCCCACAGGACACCCGGAACGGGGAGCUGGAUGGACGCAGUGACGGCGGCAGUGGUGGCUACGCGUACACGAUCCCGCGCUUCGACGCGUUCAGCUCAGCGCCCUCCCGCCUGCGCUCCUCCACCAUCUCCUCCCCCACCGAUGCCGUAGCUCCGCCCACAGCGCACCACCUGGACAGCAGGAGCACAAAGGUGCGGCGCCCCCUGCAGGUGGAAGCAAAACGCGGUAGGAAGCAGCGCCUCUCUGCCUGGCUCCUCCCCCUGAGGAAGCAGCAGAAGAAGAAGAUGACGCAGAGAGACGAGGCCCAGCGACUCCGUUCUGCAGAGGAGGACGAGUUGCCGUGACGCAGAACCCCCUGCAGGGCGGUGUCCCUCAGCGCUGCGGACGCCGUGGAGAUACCAGCGAAUGUUGUGUGUGACUGUCAUUAAAAAAGCG